GUUCGCUUCGGACGUGCGUAAAUAUUGUGUCAAUAUCGAGUGGAAAUUAUCACUGUUUUUUCCUACGAAUUUUUCGUUUAACCACAGAGUGCUUGUGUGUACCAACAAAACCUCUACGCACGAUCGCUCAUCGGUUUUGCAAGUGUAACUGUUUCAAGUGAAGGAAAAUCAUUUUGCUUUCAUUCGUACUGCCGCCGUUUUGAAACAUUUGAAUUAAACGAUCGCUCCGUUUUCCAACGGAAAUGAUCACCGAGCAUCAGUGAACAUUUUUGACGCAGUGAACGAAAUCGAACAAAAAGCGUAUCAAAUUGAAGCAGAUCAUAUUAAUAAAAAUAAAUUAUAUCAAACAGCUGCCGAAAAUUGUUGGAACCUAGUGGCUAUUUUUAGUGAUUGAAUUUUCGCGCAUCACAUUCACUCAAUGUGACAAUUUACAAACUUUUGUGAAUCGGAAAAAACAAAGUUUUUCAAAAAAAAAACCAAGAAAAAACGUGGAAAACACUUCCUUACGAAAUCAUCACAUGGAUGGAAAUUUCUAUGAAACAAGUACUGGAUUUAAUUGAAUUUUUACAAGAGUUCGGUAACAACUCAUUAAUUUGGGGCCUGAAAUACAAACAGUUUUUAAAUAAUUACUUCUUUUUUGUUCAUCACGCAAAAUAAGAAGAAAAAAAACGUUUGGUGGAAUUUUCAUACACCUCAUUGGGAUCUGUGGACAACAAGUGACGUUACAGGAGAAAAUUGAUUGAAAGUUAUAGUUCGAUAACAUUGAAUGAAAAGACGAAUAUUCAUCUAAUAUAAAUUAACGAUCAGUGAUUGAAUCACUCUUCUCUCCUUUUCUUUGCCUGACUCAUUGAACACACAGUGGUUUUAUCUCAGUGGAUUAUCGAAUGUAUAAUUUAUGAAGCGAGCACCGGUUGCAACUAUGUAAUUACGAUUCGACGUUUUUAAUUUUGGGAAGUUUUAUGAACAAAAAUAAACAUCUUUUGGAUUUGAUUUGGCGUCGACUAGUUCUUUAAAACGGAAAUCAUGUUGAUACGGAAAAACAUAAUUCUUCUGUUGUUAUUUGCACUGCAUGCUAGUGCCGAUGUGUUCAAAACAAAUGAAAUUCCCGUUGUGCCCGCCGAAGACUUAUUACCACCUCCAGAAGAUCAAGAAUCUAUCGUCGUACGAUAUUCAAACGAUGCAUCACCAAACAAAUCAUUCUUUCAACGAGUCGUCACGUGGUUCGGCUUCAAUGGUGAGCAACAAUCACAGUCGUCAAAUAUAAAAAACGCGAAAAAACAAUCGCAAAAACAACCAUCAAAGCAAAAUGGAUAUGUUUAUGAAAAUCCAGCAAAACCAUUCUCGCCGCCACCACCGCAACCGCAAAAGUUUUCACAACCACCUGGUUAUAAUUAUAAUGAUCCGAAUAAAAUCGGUUAUAACUAUAAUGAUCCUAGCAAAGUCAUUCUUUCGAAUGGCUUCCGAUUCGAAACUCCUGUCAAACUGCAGCAGCAAUCCCAAGGGUACACUUAUGAACCACCGCCGCAGAAGUUAGAACUGCAACCUGAAACCGGGUACACAUACGAUCCACCACAGCCCGUUAAGUUCCAACAACAGCCGAUUAUGCACCCGCAACCGAUCCUACAAUUGCAGCCAUCACCAACAGGCUACACAUAUAACACGCCGCCGCUUAAAUUGCAAGAACCGCCAAAACCACAGCCAACUGGCUAUAACUACGAUCCACCGCCACUGAAGUUACAACAAAAACCAUUGUCUUUGAAUGAUCUUGUAUCAUCAGCUGCUUCACCGACUGCCGUUUACACGUACAAUGCAUUGCCAAAUUCAUUCAGUCAGCAACAGCAAGCAACUGACUUAUUUCCGUGCAACAGAAUACCGUGGAUGCCGAUGUUCCCCAAUCCCAACGAAUUAAAUCUUUUGCGCGCAAAACUCCAAGCGAAAAGUCCAAACUACUUGCAAUCCGUUCCGGGAUAUCAAAAUAUUCAACCAAUUGCCAGACCAACACCAGAUAAAUUCACACAACAUCUCAACGCACACACUUAUUUGCCACCAAGACAACGACCACUUAGACACCCUACUCAAGUUGCCACACCAAAUCAAAUCAAUUCGAUCAACUCGAUUAAUUCAUUGCCACUCCAAAGUACCGCUCAACCAUUUAGAGCACCUCCUUCAACAGUUAGUUCAACGUAUUUGCCGGCACAAAGAGUUUUGCAACCAAUUGAAACAACAAAACAGAAUCUAGUUCCAGUUCCGGUGCCCAAUCUCAGCGCCACACCAGUUCCGCCGUUGUACGAUCCGAAACCAUUUACGGCCAACGAUGCUCAAGGAAAUGGAAUUUAUAUCAACGGAAGGCUUGUAACGCCAACAGGCUUGUCAACGACAAGCGUGCAAUCGUUGCAAAUCAUAAAUCAAAAUCAUCCGGUUACCCAAUCGGAGAAAUUUGUUCAGCCUACGAAUAGCUACGGAACACCAGUGACAGCAUACGGUCCGCCUGUGACAUAUGGCCCUCCAACAAAUACAUACGGAACACCUCCAAUCAAACUAACGGCCGCAGUUACAGAAAGCAGUGUGUUUGGUAGAUUUACGGCGUCGCAGCCAUUCACCGCACGACCAACACUAUCUUCGGUUGAUCAGACACGUUUGAGCUCGAAUAUGGAACAGAAUUCCAAUCUAAUGGAAAAACCGAUCAUAAUAUCAGACAGUGCGGCGGAUGCCAGUGAAUCAACUCGUUCGCCUCAAGAUGCCAAUGCGAUAUCCGAUGAAAACCAACCAAUCUUACAAGUUUUACAUGAGCUAAAUGUCACAACAACGCCUCAAGAUUUUCAAUAUACACCAAGCAGCACGGAGCCAAGCAUAUCGCUUUCAUCGGCCAGUCAAUUGAAGAAGAAAGAAAAAACGAGAGUGAAUCCAAAUAGAGAAACACCUCUCGACUUGUUGGAUACACCAAUUCAACAUUUCCGAAAAACGUCAGUCGGCCCAUCAUCAACGCCAGACCCGAAUAGUCUUUCCGAUUUCAAAUUUAUGCGAAAUACAUGGAAACCAAUGCCACCAAACCCAUUUUCAAAUCCAUUGAAUGUGGUAACAACGGCAGAGCCACAAAUUUAUUCGUCCGCAGUAACACCUUCAGCAGCAUCGGCUGCAUUCCAAUCACAUACAGUGCACGUUGCGAACGCGAUUGAAAGUGGUAAUCAAGAUAAUGACGGAAAGAAAACCAAGAAAAUCCAAAUUAUUAUUCCAUACACGAACAAAUCACGACCGAGCCCAUUCCGACACAACCAAGAGCUGCAAAGUUUUGAGAGUUCGGCGGGUUGGUCAAACAGUCAACACAGUGAUGAUCAUAAUUCCGAAGAAUCACAAGUCAUUUCAGCAGCAACACCAUCACCCAAAACAACCACCUCGCAUGGAAAACGGACCAAUUCACGAUACUUGACCAAAAUUUUGGCUAAGAAUAUUCGUGAGUUGCUGAAACGGGAGCAUUUGAAGAAUAUUUCAAUGAUUGAUCUGGCAAAAUUGCAGAAGAAUAUUGACGGUUGGACUGAACAAGAAUUUUCUAUGUCACCAAAUCGUGCCAGCACCAUUUCCGUUGCACAGCCGAAACUCAUUCCAUAUGAGUAUUUGACAACAACACAAUCACUGCAGGAUAUUUAUACGACUGAAUCAAUGCAACCGACUACCGAAUAUCCAUCCUCAUUGUUCGAAGUCAGCGACAGUACGGAGAGCUUAGAUGACAGUCAAGACGAAGGGGAAGUAAUGGAUGAUGUGAGUGAGGACGAGAAUGUAAUCCGCGGCCCGGACAACGGUGAUAAUAUUGAUAAUAUUGCACCCGAUGAACAAGAAGCCAUUCAACAGGCGGAAGAAAUCGAAGAUGAAGACUUCAAACGGUUGGAUUACUUAAAAUCUUUAGAGAAUAAUCAUGUGAGUGGUUCACACAAAAUAUUCUAUGCAACAAAUCCACCAGCAUCGCCCCAGCCACGAACAACGAGUACAAUACCACCUUGUUCAACUACAACACCAACAAUCGACAACGAAUCCAUUGUCCACACAACUGUACUUCCGAGCGCCGAAGAGCUUUGGAACAAAUUGAAAUCACUUCUGUCACCAGUGACUGACAAAAACAACGAAAAAAUCUAUGUGGUCACUCCGCAACCAUACCCUUAUUUCGAAAGCGAAAAGAUUGUGAAUGAUGAUGAUAAUGAAGUUGUUGGUAACUUCAAGUCACCACGGUUUCUGGUUCGGCCGACGCCCGGUGCAUCUAUCGGCCGAUCAUCAAAUUCGAAUUCCUUUGCACGAUUAACUUUCCGACCGAGAGUGGGUCGUUUGCAAACAACAACCGUAAAAACAACAUGGAAUGAGCCGGCAACCGAUCCAGUCACCGAAAUAUAUCGCUCGUCAACACAUAGUCAUUCAGUCGUUAAUGGCCACGCACAUGCUCAGGCUUUUUCAUUUGUAACACCACAAUCGAUCGACGAGGACGGUCAAGAUAUUCAAGUGAUCGAUGACGAGGAGAAUGAUGAUGACCUCAUCGAGUCACAAGCACACAGGCGAUCGCUAAACGAAUAUAGACACUAGACUUUAGGUUAUAGAAUUUAGGGAAAUUUUGUCGGUAGGAACGAGAAAUCUUUAUAUGAAAAAAAUGCUAUAACGAAAAUCAAUUAAGUCAAUUGGAUAAUUCGUGUAAAUAAUUUGAACCUCAAUGUUUUUAAUUUUGUGAGAGAUAUGACAAAGCGCUGAUAAGUUAACAAACAAGAAAAACAAACGGUUAAAUAUGUGUUAGUUCUGCCAUAAAUACAAUAUGUGAAGACAGAGAGCUCUAUAAUGUUGUCAGCAAAUUUUCUUCUAGAAUAUGAAUAUAUAUCGCAAUUUUGGACCACAAUUUUUCAAUCUUUAUUUUUGGAGAAAGUUCUUUUACUGUCAUAUUGUAGAGAAAUAGAUAAAGUGAAUGCAAUUGGAUCUAUGCUACUUUUAGAAUUGGAUACAUUUUCGUGUCCAUGAAAGCGAUAAAAUUCGAGAGCGAUAUUAGUUUUAUGAGAUUUUAACUGUAAAAUAGAUUCUAAGAGAGAUUCAAUAAAAUCGAUAAUCUAUUUAAACAAAAAUAUGCUUUUCAAAGACAAUGGAAGUAUUGCUAGUCU